GCUGCUGUCCGCGCUGCAAGUUGGCGGAAGAUGGCGGACAGCGGCGGCGGCGGCGGCGCUGCCGGCAGCAGCCUGGACCCGGCCAGCCUGCCCCCAGGGGACCCGCAGCUCAUCGCCAUGAUCGUGGAGCACCUGAAGAACCGCGGACUGUUCGACGAGUUCCGCCGAGACUGCCUGGCGGACGUUGACACCAAACCCGCCUACCAGAACCUCCGCCAGAAGGUGGACAACUUUGUGACGUCGCACCUGAGCACUCAGGAGUGGAAGCCGUCCAUCAACAAGAACCAGAUGAGGAACGGACUCAGACAAAGCGUGGUCCAGUCGGGCAUGUUGGAGUCGGGGGUGGACCGGAUCAUCACUCAAGUGGUGGACCCCAAAAUGAACCACACCUUUCGGCCGCACAUCGAGACGGCCAUCCACGACUUUCUGUCGGCAGACAAGAAGGACGACGACGCCGGAGCCUUGGAGCAGUCGCAACCCUCCGAGGGACCCAAAACCCCUUAAAAGAGACCCCCCCCCCCACCCCCACUUGUAUUAAUUUAUUCUUGCAAGAAUUCGUUGUAAUCCAAACAUGCUAUUAUUGCAGUCAUGGAAUGAGACGUGAGCCAAAUAACGCAUCCAUCCAAAUUGCGCAGCGAAAAGAACGUCACAAGUACCCCGGGGAACGUUGGCAGCUUCGCGUGAGCCAACCGGGAACACGGCCUUGUGGACUUGAUGACGGGGGACCACUCACUUCGCACCCUGAUAAAUUCUGGGAGCAGUGGGGGUGGGGGCGAGCUGUGCGACAGCCUCAGCAUCGCCUGUACCCGCGACAGCGACCGCGCUGCCAGCCCUGCGCCGACCGCAGCUGGAAAAAUUGACGCCUGACAACGUCAGCCAUCAUCAAUAAGACUUUUGUGUGUUUGUCGCAAAAGGAACAGCUAGCUGACAAGCUCCUCACACUUUGAGUGAUGUUUCAAGAUGAACCUCAUGGAGUUAUGAGUUAAAUUGC